CUGUUUUUGUGAUAGUAGUCAAUUGUGCUCUCCUCUUUUAGUCGUUUUUGCUUAAUUUACUACAUAUUUUGAUACGUGUAGUGAAAAGAACGAAGAAUAAAAAUGUAUAUUGUGCAAUAAUUAUAUAAUGGAAUGGCGGAAGAAGAAUUUGACAGACAGUUGAUGUGUGAUGAACCUGAAGUGGUACAAACACUUAUAGACAUUUCUUCACAAAUGUUGAUCAGCCUUAGGAAUUUAUGUGAAACUCGAGCAGAACUUACACAACAUGAAAUUAGAACUUUGGAGGGUAAACUUGUUAAGUUAUUUUCAGUUCAAUUAAAUAAUAGGCAAAAAAAUCCUGGACGCUUUGAAUCGCCAAAAUUAAAAAAUACACCAUCAUUAAAACAAUGGUUAGAAGUAGUUGGACUCAGUACCUUAUCUGUACAAAGAAUAUGUGAUAGUAUUAGUUCAAUAGAGGUAUUAUUAUUAAAAUCUGAAAGUGAGCUUAAGUCUCUUCUUCCAGAAUAUUCACUUAAAGAUGAAGAACUUAGACGAUUAACAAGAGCUUCAUUUAAUUUGAAGAAAUACAGUGAAAUUAUAAGAAUUGGCAAUAGAACUCGUGAAAAAUGCAAAAUGACUUUAUAUUGGGACUCAUGGUAUCGUCAAUAUGAAGUAAGAUGUGAGCAAGCAGGACACUCCCCUUCUUCUAUUCAAGGUCAUUCACCUUCAUCGUCUUGUCGUCUUAGGAAUUCUCAUGUAAUCCAUUAUACUCCUCCUUUAACUCCUACUCUAUUUAAUAAUACACAUAGGUCUAAUGAAAAUUCUAUUUCUAAGUUAACGUCACCAAAAAAUCAAAGAAAUUUAAACCCAGAUGUAGUUUUUUCUGUUACUCAGUCUCAUGAUAAUAAUCAAGUAGAUGGAAUUUAUCAAAAUGGAAUCAUUACUCAUUCUUCAUUAAAUGAACCUAUUGAUACUUCAAUUUUUACAUCUUCAAUGAGUCCAAAUAGAAAUAUACAAACUGCAGCUAAUGGAUUUAGCAUGCCACAGUCUCCCAAAUCUUCAGUUCCUGAUAUUUGUAUUAAGACAGGUCACAAAUUUUCAAAUUUACUGCCAAUGUUCGGUUAUUGCGACCAAUGUUCAGUGCGAGUAUUUGUUGGUGUCAAAUGUAAAAUUUGCAAGUAUAGAUAUCAUAAAGGAUGCCUAUCAAAACUAGCAUCAUUACAGUGUACAAAGAGUGUUAUGGUAGAUGACAAUAACCAAACUUUUGAAGAAUUUUUAAGUUCUUCUAAUAAUCAUUCUCCUAAUUUUCACCGACCUACAUCUCAUAAAACUUCUUCUUCAUUACUUUCAAGGAGAAAAACUAGGAUUCCUUCCAUUAACUCAAUACCAAUGUCUUCUAAGAGUGGUGGAGCUGAGUCAAGCUCUGCUCCAUCUAGUACAAACAGCUCAACUCCAUCUAGCCCUGCUCUAGUCAAUACCAGGCAAACACAUGUUUCUUCAUUACCUACUCCAGUUAGAACUCAUGAACAAUUCCAAUUUCCUGAUACAUCUCUUUAUUCACAAGAUUUACAAAAAAAUCAAUGUAGAUUUAUUGAUUCGAGAUGUGGUAGUUCAGAUUCAGAACACACUUCUAAUAGAAUAGAUGUUUCUGAAGUUCAAAAUUGGGAUGCUGAUGAUAUGGAUACUAGAGGAUGGCCAAGACAAAAUAGUCUUUCUCUACAAGAAUGGGAUAUACCAUGGGAUGAAUUAAAUAUGUGUGACAAAUUAGGAGAAGGUCAUUUUGGUACUGUAUAUAGUGGAAAUUGGCAUGGACCUGUUGCAAUUAAAGUGAUAAAUAUGGAUUAUUUAGAUUAUGAAAAAACUUUAGAAGCAUUUAAAGCUGAAGUAGCUACUUUUCGGAAAACACGCCAUGAAAAUCUAAUUUUAUUCAUGGGCGCUUGCAUGAAACUUCCUAGGUUAGCUAUUGUAACAAGUCUUGCAAAUGGAAUGACUUUAUAUCGUCAUAUACAUGUUCUUAAAGAUAAAUUUAAUAUGAGUCGAACUACAAUGGUUGCUCAACAAAUAUCACAGGGUAUGGGUUAUUUACAUGCAAAAGGAAUUAUUCAUAAAGACUUAAGAAGCAAAAAUAUAUUUUUAGAAAAUGGCAAAGUAAUAAUUACAGAUUUUGGUUUAUUUAGUGUAACAAGAUUAUGUUUUCGAAAUAGAACUCAAGAUGGUUUAAUUGUUCCACCUGGAUGGCUAUGCUAUUUGGCUCCUGAAUUAGUUCGUAAUUUACGUGUUCAUCAAAGACCCGAAGAAGAAGAUUUGCCAUUCAGUAAAGCAUCUGAUGUUUAUGCAUUUGGAACUGUAUGGUAUGAAUUGUUGUGUGGGGAAUGGCCAUUCAAAUCAGCUAGCCCAGAAGUUAUAAUUUGGAAUAUUGGACGAGGAAUGAAACAGAGAUUAGCAAACUUGGAAGCAUCUGGUGAUGUGAAGGAUAUAUUAAUGACAUGUUGGUCGUUCAAUCCAGGAAAACGUCCUGAUUUUGCUCAAAUGCUAAAAACUCUUGAACGGUUACCACGAAAACGUUUGGCUCGUAGCCCAUCCCAUCCCAUUCAUCUAUCAAGAUCAGCAGAAUCUAUUUUUUAAUUAAUAAUUAACAGUAUUAAAAUGUGGCUAUACCAAUUAAAGUUUUUUUUUAUGUACAACAAAAUUUAUUAGAAUACUGAAAAAUAAAUUAUAAUGUAAGUUAACAACCUACUGUGCUCAGUAAUACAGGAAAAUGUUAAAAAAAAAAAUUUUAAUUAUUAAGUACAAUAUUAUUAUGUAUUUUUCAUUAUUUUUAUGAAUAUUAUAAUAUAUAACUAUAAAUAAUUGUUAUUUGUGUAUUAUAUUUCUUAUUGUUAUCUAUUUAUG